AUAGAAAAAAGGUUGAAGGAGAUAUAGCGGUUGGUAGGAAAGAUUGUUUUUGCGAAUUAUGAGUAUAAUUAAGUAUCCAAAUACAUUUUAGACUUUUUUAAAAAAAGUAAUUUAACCACAAGCGGUUUUAAACUGUUUUUAUUGAUGCAGAUGAAGCUUAACAUUUUCGACAUUGAUUUUUGAUAUAUUUAUAUACAUAUUUAUAUAUAUACAUAUAAAAUCAUUUAUUAAAACAUACCUGACACAUAAGCAGAAAGGUUGUUGACAGGAAGACAGGAAAAUAACAAAAUCAACAGCAGGUUAUAAUUUAAAGCAACAGUCUCGAUGGGGUCAAUAGGGUCCGGAUAGCUGUAUUUUUGGCUUUUAAAGGACUAAUAAUUGUCUUUAAAUGUUUAAAAGAAGUGAGUCUGAGGUGAGGUGAGUCUUUAAAUGUUUAAAAGAAGUGAGGCAGAAGACAUCGCGUAUUUGUUGUGAUAACCAGUCAACAUGAAGUAUGAAUAUACAAGAAAACAAUUUAAAAUGUGAAAUUUGAGUAUCUAGCGCAACUUUCGUGUUUGUGAUGUUUUGUAUUGGCAGACAACAUAUUGUUUGUGACUGAUAGAAAGAUGCCAUUUUUUAAAGAUACAAAACAGAAGAAAACCAAAUCCGUGAAUAACAAUGUUUUGUUGCGUUCCGUGCAAUCGUUAGAUCGUAAUUCUUCGCUCAAAAAGAUGGGUUCUCAGUUUGACGAAACCGACAAAAAGAAAUCGAUCAGUCGCAGUUGCACAUAUGCCGACGAAGAAACAAUUUUAUUAAACGCUGUUGCCAGAGAAGAUACGGCGUCGGUACGACGCGUGCUUGCCAAUGGACGUGUAAAUAUAAACGUUAUCCGACAUCCCGGUUUGUCGCCGUUACAUCGUGCUUGUAUUACGGGAAAUCUGAACAUCGUCAAGCUGUUAUUGCGUUACGGCGCCGAUUUAAACCAAGUGUCGAAAACGGGAACUACGGCUUUAAAAAUUGCCGCGUUGCACGGACAUUUUGAUGUCUCUGAAUAUUUGAUAGCUAUGGGUGCCAAAGACGGAGAUAUUGUACAUGGUGUACAAGAGGAGUGAUCAAGGCUGGAAAAAAUACUAGAUGGCUGAAAACACUAGUAGCUUUAUGCCAAACUCUGGUAACAGUCCGAUAAAAGAUAAACACGUAUUAUGUGCGUUCUUAAAAAAACUCUUGGUUGAACCCGUGCACUUGGAAGAGCGUUGGAUUCAGCUGAAAAAGACCUUAGAUGUACAAUAUUUGUUGUUAAAUAUUUAGAUACUGUAAAUAUCAUUUUUAAACUACUCUAUUAUGACUAAAAGAAAAAGGAUGUUGUGUCUGGA